UGUAACGUCUUAACCUCGCAGUUUGUCAAAUUUAAUCGUACAUCACAUUUAUUAUUUACUUCAUACCAAGACGCCUGUUCAAUAAUAAAAUGGCAUCUCGAUUUAGUGGUGCAUUACAACUUACGGAUCUUGACGAUUUCAUAACUCCUUCACAGGAAUGCGUAAAACCAAUCAAAAUCGACAAAUCAAAAACAAAGACAGGUGCCAAAAUAAAGAUUGGCGAAGGCGGGUACUUUGAUGUGUCAAGCGGAACAGAGCAGAAGUUGAAGAAAGUUGAAAUCACCUUAGCAGACUGUCUUGCAUGCAGCGGAUGUAUCACAUCUGCUGAGAGUGUGCUCAUUACUAAACAAAGUCAAGAAGAGCUACUUAAGGUAUUUUCAGACCGUAAAUACACAGACAGUAAAGGAGUGGUGAAGGAUGUUAGUUUAAUAGUAAUAUCUCUGUCGCCGCAACCCAUACUGUCACUAGCAGCUAGGUACAAGCUACCGCCUGAAGAUGCCACAAAUAAAUUAGCAGGGUACUUUAAAAGUCUUGGAGCAGAUCUAGUUCUUGACAUGACGAUAGCAGAAGACUUAUCUCUGUUAGAAGCACAGCAAGAAUUUGUACAAAGGUAUCAGGAUCAACAGGCUGAUCCCAAUGGAAAAUAUCUUCCGAUGUUAGCCAGUUCCUGCCCUGGCUGGGUGUGCUAUGCUGAAAAAACGCACGGUAACUUUAUACUACCCUACAUAUCCACCACAAAAUCUCCACAACAAAUAAUGGGUUCUCUGGUAAAGCAGUACCUGUCCCGUGCCAAGGAGCUGACUCCCGGAGAGGUGUACCACGUGACCGUCAUGCCGUGUUACGAUAAGAAGCUAGAAGCAUCUCGGGAGGAAUUUUACAAUGAUUUGCUUAGCUGUCAUGAUGUAGACUGUGUCAUAACUGCGAUCGAGCUAGAACAAAUGUUGGACAACAGCAACAUGUCACUAAACGAUGCGGAGAGCUCCUCGUUGGACAGUCCGUGGGGCGAAGGGGCUCCCGCGGCAGUCCGCCGACACCGGGGCUCCGGCUCGGGGGGCGGCGCCGACCAUGUCUUCCUCUACGGAGCCGAACAACUCUUUGGAGAGACCGAUGCUCAACUCGUGUAUAGGAAUCUGAGGAAUCCAGACUUCAAAGAGGUGACUUUAGAGAGAGACGGCAAAGAGGUGCUUCGUUUCGCGAUCGCCAACGGCUUCAGAAACAUUCAGAAUCUCGUCCAGAAACUAAAGAGGGGGAAGUCUCCCUACCACUACGUCGAAGUCAUGGCUUGUCCUUCAGGUUGCCUCAACGGCGGCGCCCAGGUGCGGGCCGGGGGGGGCCAGGCGCGGGCCGCGGGGGGCGAGGCGGGGCGCGAGCUCGUGCUGCGACUAGAGACGCUGUACUCGCAGCUACCGCUGGCCACGCCCGCCGAGAACAAGUUCCUGAGGAAACUGUACACGGACUGGCUCGACGGAAAAGAUUCGGAUAAAGCCAAGGCCGUCCUGCACACCACGUACCGCGCCGUCGAGAAGUCCGAUAUCGCCCUUAAUAUUAAGUGGUAGCUGCUCGCGCUGACGGCCCGGGAGGGGGCG